GAUGGGAGGAUUAGAAUCUCUGCAUUAUACUGUGGGACGACAGUCAGUUCCAGACAGAAAGUAUCGUGUUCGUCAGUAAAAGACUUCAAACGAGCUAACAAACUCUUCAGAGAAGAUUUCAAAGUGAACAAAGUUUCCAUUUCAGCACAACACUGCUGACAGCCGAAUAAUUGACAAACACACAGAGUCAAUAUGAUCAGCACCAUGGAGCUGAUCUGCGGUAUCGCAGCAGUGCUUCUUGCGAUGUACUAUUAUUUUUCCGCGAAAUUCAAUUACUGGAAAGAUCGUGGGGUACCAGGACCGAAACCUAUGGUACCAUUCGGAAAUUUCAUGGCUCAUACGCUGGGACAAAUGUCAUUAGUGGAGUACGCUAUGAGACUCUACCAGAAGUACAAAGAGGAGCCUAUGGUUGGCAUAUUUGUUAGACGGACACCUACUCUUGUCAUUAACGACGCGGAGCUUGUCAAAGACGUUCUCAUCAAGGACUUUCCUAUGUUCGCGAAUCGAGGAUUCUUGGAAAAUAAAGUGGCGGAUCCGUUGGACCAACAUCUCUUCGUCAUGGAUGCUUCAUCAUGGCGACCGCUGAGGACCCAACUUUCGCCGGUGUUUACCUCUGGCAAACUUAAGGGAACCUUUUCCCUCAUUCUCGACUGUGCUAGACAGCUGGAGGAAUAUCUGGACUACCUAGUAGCAAAACGAGAACCCGUCGAUGUCCGAGAUCUGGCUGCGAAAUUCGCCACCGACGUGAUCGGCAGCUGCGCGUUCGGGAUCGACAUGAACUCUCUAUCAGACGCUGAAAGCGAAUUUCGUAAAAUGGGCAAAGAAGUCUUCGCCAAAGAUUUAACGGCGGUGCUGAGAUUCCGAGUCAAAGAAUGCAUACCAAAGCUGUUCGAUUUACUUGGUUACGUAUUGCCGUACAACGAAUUAACGAAGUUUUUUAUUAAGAUUACCAGUGACACACUGGAAUACAGGGAGAAGAAUAACAUCGUUAGGCCCGAUUUUAUGAAUACACUUCUGGAACUCAGAAGGCAUCCAGAAAAAGUUUCCGAUAUUGAAUUAACGGAAAUGGUACUUGCUGCCCAAGCGUUUGCCUUCUUUGGGGCUGGGUUUGAAACCUCCUCUGGCACCAUUAGCCACGCUUUAUACGAAUUGGCACUCAAUCAGGAUAUACAGGAGAAGUUGCGACAAGAAAUUAACGAAUAUCAUACGAAAUACAAUGGAGAUUGGAAAUACGAGACCCUGAAGGAAAUGGUAUACUUAGACAAGAUUUUCCACGAAACGUUGAGGAAGUAUCCAGUUUUCGCCUUUUUAAUUAGAGAAGCAACGGGUGACUAUACAUUCCGAGGAACGAAAGUAUCCAUUACGAAGGGCACGAAAGUAUGGAUACCCAUAUACGCUUUUCAUUGGGAUCCAAGCAUUUAUCCUGAGCCAGAGAAGUUCAUUCCUGAAAGGUUCGACGAGGACGUGAAAAGGACGAGGCACGCGAUGCAUUACUUACCCUUUGGCGAUGGUCCACGAAAUUGCAUCGGUGCACGUUUUGCAAUCUUUCAAUCAAAAGUUGGAAUUAUUAGUAUUAUCCGUAAUUACAAGGUCGACGUUUGCGAGAAGACACCGAUCCCUUACGAAUAUCAUCCACUCGCGUUUGUAUUGGCUCCUAAAAAUGAUUUGUACUUAAAGCUGACCAAGGUCGAAAAGUAGAGUAAAACUUUCAUAUAAAUUAUGUACGAAUUGCAUUAGUUUUCACAGAAAUUCGAAUAUCAUUUAAUAAAGAGACAGAUCAUCCUUAA